AGAUGACGCGGCCAGUAUCGAUCGAAGUUACAGGAGCGCCACCUAUCCAUACAGGUCGAAGUGCAGAUCGCGGUAGAGGUUUCCAUCGAUAUCUGGCAACUGUGACCUUUCCUUCAGAAUAGCCGGCGUGGGGUUUUCUUGUAGCUAAAGAACUGCGCCAUUUUGUGACAGCGUGCCGCAUUUUUCAAACUGUGAUUUAAAGUUCUCGUCAAUAUGGGAUCAGUAGAAAAAGUUAAGGAGAUCUUAAUCGAAGAAGUGAAAAAGGUACCCGCUAUAUGGGAUAAAGGACAUAGAAAUCACCAUAAUAGGUACCAUUUGGAGAAGCAAUGGAAGAAAAUAUCUCAAGACGUGGGUAUAACAGAUUCUCGAGCUAGAAAAACAUGGAAGAACUUGAGACAAGAAUUCGGGAAACAGAUGACGAAAGCCUUAAAAGCCGACUGUACUUUGGAAUCACUCCAUUCUGAAUGGCCAUUCUUUCAGCAACUAAUGUUCCUGAGAGACCAGUUCUCAAAUAAAAGGCCAAGUGAUGAUUUGCUGCCAAUCAAAAUCGAAGACAACGACGACUUCGAUUUAGAUUCAAGAAGUCGAGUGGACAAUACAGAUGUGGCUGAAGGGAUGGACAUUCCAACACCAUCUCCGGCAGGAUCCAGUAUAGACUCCUCUCCAUCACCAAGUCCUAGUCCUGCUCUGUCCCUGGACACCUAUGGAAUGUCCUCUCCAGCUGGACAUCACAAGCGGAAGAUGUCCUCUAAAUUUCAUCCAAGGAAGAAGCGUCACAAGGAAUCGCCUUGCAUAGGAAGUUUUGAUGAAGAUGUGGGAUUUUUCAAUUCUUUGUUGCCCCAUGUGAAAAGAUUGGCUCCACAACAAAAACUCCUGUUCCGUAUGAAACUUCAGCAAUACCUAUAUGAUUUGUCAUAUGGCUACAGCAACAGCAGACAAAACAUGCUUUAUGAUUCGGCAACAAAUUUAACUUUGUAUCAGCCACCGGUUCUUAACCAAAAUUCAUUGUACCAAUCACCCCACCACACGAUUUCAUCGCCAAAUACCAAUCAUACAAAUAGUCUGAAACAAGUAAUUCCAGAAAACUCUUCCCGAGAGUCACCAAAUUUGGCUUUGGUACAAAAAGAACGUUCUCCUUCAAUAGAACAAACUCCAUCAAAACAGUAAAAUCGAUAGAGGGAUUGUUUCCAUUCAUAAAAAAACACAACGUCGCUUGGACGAUAGACAAUUUUUAAACCCUAUGAGUUAUGUAAGUCAUAAGGCAGCUUUAAUCUAUAAGAACUUUACCUAACUUUUAAGAAGCUGUUAAAAAUGUUUUUAUUUACUUUUGACAUAUAAGUUGUACUCAAAAGUAAGCCAUUCUAGCAUUUCGUUGAAGAGUUUGAAGAAUCUAAACUAAGUUUGUUUUCCAUAAAACAUUAAAAAGAUUCCAGACAGUU